AUGGUAACCGACCUAUCUGAAGACUUUCGAUCGGCCCUGGAUGUCGUCAGAGCCGAGAUAGCGGAUGUGAGAGCGAGGGUGAAUCUCACCAUCCGAGCGGUAGGGAACCAAGCCCCACCUGGGGGCGCAGUGGCAGUAAGCCGAAUAAAAAUCCCAGAACCAAAACCCUUCUGUGGGGUGCGAGAAGCGAAAGCCCUGGAAAAUUUUAUCUUCGACCUUGAACAAUACUUCAAGGCGACGAACACAGUGACUGAAGAGUCGAAAGUCACAAUAGCAACGAUGCAUCUAAUUGAAGAUGCAAAACUGUGGUGGAGAUCACGAUUUACAGACAUACAGGAAGGACGUUGCACUAUUGAUACUUGGGAUAGAUUGAAACAAGAACUUCGUUCGCAGUUCUUCCCUGAAAAUGUUGAGAUCUUGGCUCGACGAAAACUCAGAGAGCUAAAGCAAACAAGUAACAUCAGGGACUACGUAAAACAGUUUGCAGGACUCAUGUUGGACAUACGAGAUAUGUCCGAAAAAGACAAGGUCUUUUGCUUUGUGGAGGGGCUGAAACCGUGGGCAAAAGCAAAACUAUAUGAACAGAGAGUACAGAAUCUCCCCUCUGCCUAUGCGGCAGCUGAACGACUAUACGACCUUAGCACUGACUCACGAGAUGUGAGGAAGCAAUCAACUUCCUCAAAUGAGGAAAACAGAAACAGCCGUUCCAGCCCUCCCAGGCCUGGGGAGGAGAACAAGAACACAGGGGGACCGAAAUCAUCCCAACCGAGAUCAGGAAACAACUGGCGGGGGCCGAACAGCAUAACAAUUACAAUCGCCCCCUGUCUUGUUUCAUAUGUAGAGGGCCACACAGGGCGCGUGAAUGUCCAAAUCAACCGCGUUCAGUGCUUUUCAAGCCACAUUAGCCUCUACCUCCGGAAACGAGGUCGAACUAAGGAGACGGUAACCGAGCCAGCGGCAGAAAUUGAAAUCCCAGGAUGGGGGCAUUGA